CUCCAAUGCGACGGGAGAGAUAAGACCGGAGCAGACUGCACGGAAAGUGUGCUCACUGACGAAGUUUGGUUUCAACGAAAAGUUCUUCUUCUUUUCUAGUUGUUCACAUGACACGUGGGUAUAAGGAGUGCGUGGUAACACAGUAGAUUUGGACAAGACCUGAAACAAGUAGCCUCGUUAAAAAAAGCGAGCGCGUCUGCUUGCCAAACACUUGUGGCUUUUUGGCUUGCAAUUGGGAAGCGGUGUGUAUACCAACAACCCAUGGAGCAGGAAACCUUGGAAACCUUGGAGAUUAUUGAGAGAGGAGAGAGGUCUGUCAGCAGGGGUACUGAGGCCACGCCCCCAUAUGGCUAUCAGCUAGACCUGGACUUCCUGAAGUAUGUGGACGACAUACAGCGUGGCAACACCCUCAAGAGGCUGAACAUCCAGAGGAAAUCCAGGCCUGUCCGGCCGACGGUGGAGCCCGUGCCCAGGGGAGGUUGCUCUGGUGGGGGCAGUGGGUACAGUGGGCAGGGCCAGGCUGAAUGGACCUCCACAGGCUCCCUACCCUCCUCCAGUGAAGAGGCACAGCAGAGUCCCCUCUUCUACCCCUCCCCCAAGCCUCACCCUCCCCCCACCCUGAUUUACCACGCCCAUGCCCCUCUCCCUUCCUGUGAGCCUCCCCUUCCUCCCCUACCCCCUGAGGGCUACCUGAGCGUCCCCGCCGAAGGCCCUCAACGGCCCCUUCUCCCGCCCUCCUCUCCGUGGGAACCUCCCCUCCUCAACCCCCAGGUUGAGAAGACCCUGAUGGAGACGAGGAGGAGGUUAGAACAGGAGCGCCACCUCAUGCAGCCCCCCUCCCCCUCCGAACCCCCUGGCCCUGCUCCUCGCCACCGCCUGGCCUCCUUCGGAGGGAUGGGGGGGUCCAGCACCUCCCUGUUCUCCCCCCUGCUUCCCAACGGGGGUGGAGGUAGUGGAGAGUACAACCCCUACUACACUUCCAUGGGUUCCUCUAUGCACCACAGCCCCAUGUCCUCGGGCAUGACCACGCCGGCCACCAACGUGUCUCCGCUCCACCUGCAGCACAUCCGGGAGCAGAUGGUGGUGGCCCUGCGGAGGCUGAAGGAGCUAGAGGAGAAGGUGAAGACCAUACCUAUCCUGCAGGUGAAGAUAGCCGUGCUGCAGGAGGAGAAGAGACAGAUGACCUGUCAGAAGAACCAGAGGCUGGGGGUGGGGGGCAUAGUGGGGGGGUUCAGGAAGAGGUCCUAUAGCGUGGGCAGUGCUGACCAGUUGGCCGACCAGCUGGACCCCCAGACACAUACCCUACAGACCCAGGAUCUGCACAUCAUGGAGCCAGAGGGCCAGGAGUGUCAGGGCCAUAGUCAGAGUACCAAGGGGAUGGAGGAGUUCAGGAGGCUGGCUGCAGAGGUCCAAGCCCUGGGGGCAAACAGCCAGGAUCAAGGGUCUCACCAGGCCAGGGAGACCCAGACCUCCCUCCCUCUCACCCACAAUAACAACAACCAGCUCACCUCCACGGCGGUCGGCCCAGAUGAGAACAUGAACGACGCCACGGUGGUCGCCCAGAGGAAGUCGCCGGUGAUGACGAUGGUACAACAACGACGCUUCUACUGUGACAUCGGAAUGGCGACGGAGCAGCGUGAGACUCGCAGUGCUGGGACGGGCGUGACGGAAGCCAUGUUGGGCGUGACCAGCGAGGUGGAGGCAGAGCUAGACUUGCAGCAGCAGACCAUCGAGGCCCUGAAGGAGAAGAUCUACCGGCUAGAGGUGGACCUGAGAGAGACCACCCACAUGAUGGAGAUGUCCAAGCUGAAGCUAGAGCUGCAGGCCGCUGGCGGAGCCAAUAAGAAGAGGGCUGAUAAAGGCUGCCAGGUACGGCCAGACACCUACAGCAUGGCCUGCCAGGCGCGGCCAGACACCCAGAGCACUGGCUCAGAGACCUGGAGAGUCCAGACACACAGCCAGGGAGUGGGGAACCAUCUAGAGACCAGCCAUGCCUCCACAGGGGAGACCCUCCACACUGUAGGGGUAGGGGUGUCCUGUCAACCCAGCCUGAGACACACUGCUUCGGGUCCUGACCUGCCCAUGGAGAGGUGGCUAGUGCAGGAGAGGGUAGAGGUGCAGGACCAGUGUGUGGGGAGGCAGUUGGAGGUGUGUGACCAGGGGGUGGGGGUGGAGGUGGGGCUGUGUGACCAGGGAGUGAACACUGAUGAGGAAGUAGACAGUCUACAGCUGUGUCAGGCCCAGGAGACCGAGGCCAAGGAGAGGGAGAGCAGGUCGGUGGGCAUUGGGGAGUGUUCUAGAGACGUCACCGUCUCUCCCAUCAGACAGCUGGUUACCACGGGGACUAACCCUGUCCUGGGCACCACCACGGACUCUGCUGUCAUGGUAACCCCAGACACAGCCUCCCAACAUACCAGCACCCUACUGGAGACCGCUAGCCAACACACCAACACAGAGACGGUGGUGCUAGCUGAUGGCUGUACCAACACCCCCCUGCUCCACACAGCCUCCCAACACACCAGCACGCUAACCAAUCACACAAGGACUGUCGCUGUGGGCGAGGGGCUGAUCAAAGACCCACAGACCAAAACCAGGUCUGUUGCCGUGGGAAACACAGCGGAGCGAGACGGCGGUACGGAGGAGGCAUGGUCGGCCCAGACCAAAGAGGUGGGCGUCGGCCUGAUCGGCAUCCACACUAACUUCCUGGUCGGCCUGAAGACCCGGAACAUUGCAUGUGGCCCCUCCCACCUGGACGGAACCGCUGUUACCCAGGAGACCAUUGCAGUGACGACUGUUGUACCACCCCAGGCCCAGGCCAUACCACCGCCCCAGCAGGUGGAGGGGGGUGCAGGACUAGACCACUACAUAGAGAGGCUUCAGAAGCUACUUCAGGAACAACAGAUGCUGUUGACUGAGAACUACAGUGAGCUAGCGGAUGCUUUCGGACAGCCCUGCUCUUCUCAGUUCACCCACUUUGGUUCUAUCAACAGCCAGCUGGUCAACACUCUGACUUCUAUCAGCUCUGUCAUGAAGUGUGGCAGUGCUGAGGAUCUGAGAACACAGCGAGAUAGCAGCAGCACCACUACAGAUCGGGGUCAGCUACAGGUGUCCAGUGAAGUCAUCCAGAGUUCAGAGGUUAGCCAGACGGAGGUAGUGUCACAUGACCCCAGGUCCCCGCCCAGCCCGGCCACGCUGAAGCACCGCAUGGACCAGCAGAUGUCCAGCGCCUUGAACGGUCGUAAGAGCGCUCUGAAGUCCAUCAUGAAGAAGAAAGAUGCCCGCCAGGGUUCUUUGGGAACCAAGAAGAACCUACAGUUUGUAGGAGUCAAUGGAGGGUACGAGACAACGUCGAGUGAUGAAUCAGAGGACAGCAGCUCCUCUGAUACAGAAGAAGAGGAGGAGGAGGAAGAAGAGGAGGAAGAGGAGGAGGAGGGGAAUGUGUUCGGAGGAGAAGAGGAAGCUGAAGAGAGGAACACAGAGGAAUUCCAGAACGAGGGAGCAGUGGAAGCGGGAAGGAGUGAAGAGGAGGGAGGAGGAGACAAGCUAGAGAUGAGAGAGAGGUUUGAGUUGAGUGAGAAGAUGUUGGCUGCAUGUAACGUGUUGAAGAACCACCUGAAUGAUGGCAAGGCCUUAACCAGUAAAGAUGUGAGAGCCUGUGUGAACACAGUUCAGAGCGAGUGGUUCUGGGUGUCCAGUCAGAAGACUGUGGUGCCCGGCAUAGUGGAGGACUAUUUAACAGCGUUCCGGGACAUCUCGCCGGCCAUGCUGCGUCACAUUGUCAACAUGGCGGACGGUAGGAACACAGCGCUCCACUACAGCGUGUCACACUCCAACUUCCACAUCGUCAAGACGCUGCUCAACGCAAAUGUGUGUAACGUGAACCAGCAGAAUAAGGCUGGCUAUACUCCCAUCAUGCUGUCUGUGCUGGCGGCUGUGGAGGCUCCUAAAGACAUGGCCAUCGUAGAGUACCUCUUCAGCAAGGGAGACGUCAACGCUAAGGCCAGCCAGGCUGGCCAGACAGGGCUGAUGCUGGCGGUCAGUCAUGGCAGAAUGGACAUGGUUCGGGCGCUGCUGGCCCAGGGGGCAGAGGUCAAUGUCCAGGAUGAUGAGGGUUCUACAGCCCUGAUGUGUGCCAGCGAACAUGGCCACGCUGAGAUAGUCAAACUACUGUUGGCCCAGCCGGGCUGCGACGCCACUCUCAGCGAUAGUGAUGAGAGCAAUGCCCUGUCUAUCGCUCUGGAAGCGGGUCACAAGGACAUAGCAGUGUUGUUGUACGCCCAUGUAAACUUCUCUAAGGCCCAGUCACCGGGAACCCCUCGUCUGAGCAGGAAGAUGUCCCCCAGUCCCACCAGGAGGGGCAUGUUUGACUAGCGCCACCGCCCAUUGGUCAAGUCUCAUGACACCAACCAACCAACCGCUGAGGAUUUCAACCCCCAGGGACAGACUUUGGCCCCACCCCUGACAACCUGAUUGGACCAUGUGGGAUUAUUGACAAUGCAGUUCAACCAGAAAGGUUCUAUGGGUUUAUUGACCAAUGCGGUCCAACCAGAAAGGUUCCCUGGGUUUAUUGCCCAUGUGGUCCAACCAGAAAUGUUCCAGCGUUUAUUGACCAUGUGGUCCAACCAGAAAGGUUCCAGGGUUUAUUGACCAUGCGGUCCAACCAGAAAGGUUCCCUGGGUUUAUUGACCAUGCGGUCCAACCAGAAAGGUUCCCUGGGUUUAAAGACCAUGCGGUCCAACCAGAAAGGUUCCCUGGGUUUAAAGACCAUACGGUACAACCAGAAAGGUUCCCUGGGUUUAAAGACCAUGCGGUCCAACCAGAAAGGUUCCCUGGGUUUAUUGACCAUGAUGAAAGAUGAAACAUAUUGGUCAGUCUUGUAGCAAGAUGAGCUGGUAUUUGUCAGUCUUGUAAUAAGAUGAGCUGGUAUUUGUCAGUCUUGUAAUAAGAUGAGCUGGUAUUGGUCAGUCUUGUAGUAAGAUGAGCUGGUAUUGGUCAGUCUUGUAGUAAGAUGAGCUGGUAUUGGUCAGUCUUGUAAUAAGAUGAGCUGGUAUUGGUCAAUCUUGUAGUAAGAUGAGCUGGUAUUGGUCAGUCUUGUAAUAAGAUGAGCUGGUAUUGGUCAGUCUUCUACAUGAACAUCCCAAAGUGCCCUUGUUAAACCACCACCAGCAUUCUGUCUGCUCUGAGUGGAUAGAGAGGAGGAAAGCGAGAA